GCAUGAGCUUCUCUCUCAAAGUUCUGUCGUUGGUGUAUGUAUCAUCAUAUCACCUACAGGCUUCAGAAAAGAGCUCCUCUGCCCCAGACCGAUGUGAUCUCAGAAACACCCGACACGUCUGUUCAAGACGCGACACCAACCGUGACAAUCACCAGCCUUGAACAGCCAGCAGCUUCAGCGUCUCACACCCAGAUGACCUUUGACCCAGAAGAUACAGAACAUCUGACUUGUGAGCUUAUCAGCCCUCAAAUAGCUGAGCAAGAAUCCACAUUAGAAGUCCCGCAGACGGCGCUGAUAGAGCCCACUCCAGUUGAAUCUCCAGCAUCACCUCCAGAUACAUCAGACAUACUGUCAACAUCUCAACAGAGCAAUACCGAGAAUCUAAAUGGCAGCAGUAGUUUUCUUCAAAGCUUCGACGUAAGACCCAUAAUGGCAGCUCCUGUUUUUACAAAGAAUCUUCAGGAUGACGUUCUCGCACAAGAGGGUCAGCUGGUGGUUCUGGAGUGCCGAGUGAAAGGUGUUCCCUCCCCUAAAGUGCACUGGUACAGAGAGGGAACACUGAUCGAUGAUUCUCCGGACUUCAGGAUCCUCCAGAAGAAACCCAGGUCCAUGGCUGAAUCUGAGGAGAUGUGCACGCUGGUCAUCGCGGAGGUCUUUCCGGAGGAUUCUGGAACAUUUACUUGCACAGCCAGUAAUAAAUACGGCACAGUCUCCAGUAUCACAGCGCUGAGUGUGAAAGGAUGCAACAAUAAGAGCUCCAAAGCAACAAGCCUGAUGACGGAAUCAUGUCAUCAGAAGGUUCCAGCUACAUCAUCUUUGAAGUGUGAAGCAGAUGUUCCUCUGCUAAACCACAAACUUCACUCGAGUGUGGUUUCUCUUGACCCUUUGAGCUCAAGCUCAACACAGUCAGACACGCAGAACGAUGGAACGCGUACACCAGACUGCCUAAACUUCAGCGUACUUCGGCAUGACCUCACCACUAGCCUGCCCAACCUAAACCCGCUCAGUUUUGGACAGCUCCACUUGGAUGCCUUCAGAUCUAGUUUACCUCGUUUAGACCCUCUCAGCUUCAGUGUUCCUCAAUUUGAGCCGCUGAACUCUGACUCAAAACACAAACCUCUCAACUCUUUCUCAUCACACUUUGAUUCAGGCGACUUGGGUUUUAGGUCUUCCACAGUCGUGACUCAAAGUCACCCCAAUGGAUCUGCCUCCACCAUUAGCUCUGAUGUGGAUGCCUGGGUUAAAUCAUCACAAAACGUUCAGCUUGGGUCAAAAUCAACCCCCGACACCCCACCAAAAGACUCCAGUAACCACCAUGAGCGUCCCCCUCUUAAGCCCCUACCGGAUGCUCCGACCUCCUGCCUCAAAACUAGAUCUGAGGGGCUGUUGGUCAAUCACAAUGAGUCACGCUCCAGUUCUCGAGUGGGUCUCCGGGUGACCUUUAAACUUCCAGAAGAUGAAGAGGACGAAGAUAAAUCCAACAAAGCACCACCGCCACUGUUGGCUAAACCAAAGUUAGACCCGGGGCAACUUCAGAUUCUUCACAACCAGGUGCUUCUGGAACAGCAGCAGGACAAAGUCUCUCCAAGUCAAGAGUCUCCAGAUUCUGACAGAACAAGUUUUGAGGCACCGUUUGUCAUGCCGGUUCAGUCUUCUUCAAAUUCAGUGUCUUCACAGCUCAGAACUCCUCGUGUCAUGAACUCUGCUCCAGUUUCUCAGUUGAUUUCUGCCUCUGUCCCUGUACAGCCUUUAGCGCCGCCGCCUCCUGCACCUGUACCCCAGUUGAGUGCAUCUUUACCCAAUUCUGUGUCUUUUCCCCUUCUUAGUCCAUUAGCCCACGCUUUAUUCAACAACCCCCAAACACCUCAACCAAACCUCGUCUCUACUGCUUUGUUAAAUAGUAUUCCACACAGUGUGGUUCCCUCUAGCCUCAUAACCCAAACGACAGUGAUGCCACCGCCGGCCCCUCAGCUCAUGUCACCAGUGACUCAACUCAACAUGGCUCCAUUUUCCCUGAUGCCAUUCAGCCCUAUAACAGCAGCAACUCCCAUCAUCCCUCUGCCUCAAUCAAAUCAGUUUAUCACGGCUUUACCCACCCAACGAAACACCAACAGCAUGAUUAAUAUGUCCCCCUCGAGCCCCCCCACUCACGUAUCUCAAAUAAACAUGACCCCUUUGCCGCAGAUGGACUCUGUUCUUUUCAGUGAAACAGUCAUGACCGUAGCUAAAACACAGCCAACGAUAACACCUGACGCAGCAGCGGUAAACAACACUGUAACUAAGGUAGACACCACCCCGGUUACUCGCCCCGGCAUGUUGAUACCAGACACAAAGUCUCAAAGUGUUGCACAGAUGAGUAAGGUCACGUCCCCUCAAGUGUUGAGUAAUCCUGCACCUGCACCAGUGUCUGUUCCACCGCUGAACUCCACCACCCAGCCUCCUCUUCCUGCCAUGAUUCCCAUCUCCACCCAGAGCUUCAGCUACACCAGACCAAAGGAUUUCAUUGCUGCCCAGACUCUGUCUCCCCUCAGGAGUCCUUCUCCAACAGAGUCCCCCGUUCCGAUGCUUCAUGAAUUAGCUGCACAGAUCUUCCCAAAGUCAACACGGGAGCUGACGUCACCCAUCAAGCAGUUUUCCCCAUCCCAGAGAAAGUUGCCAACAAGGAUCCUGGAAUGUCCCAGCAGCCCGCCGGCAUACGUGUCUUCACCACCUCUAGUUCCUCCUGCACUGUUGAACUCAGUCUUUGCUUUUAGACCUCAGUCACCACCACAGGCUUCUUCACCCACCUCAAGCAGCUCCAGCCCCAGUCCCAUCCAAAAUCCAGUGGCCUUCCUCAGUUCUGUCCUGCCCUCGCUGCCAACAUCUCCUCCCACCAAUGCCAUGGGUCUGCCUAAGAGAGCUCCUCUCGGACCUCAAGGUGCACUGAAGAAGAAUCCGAGAGGUCUCCGGUCCAUGUCAGAGGACGACAUUCGAGACAGCAGGGAAACACUGCUGAAAGAUAUUGAGAAAAAACUACGGUUUAAAAAUGAAUCACUACGUUUCGGACAGCAGAAGGUGAGCUGGCCGCUCGGAUCAAACGUUCCCACUGCGACUGUCAUUAACUAUCACGAGGAAUACAAGAUGUCAAACUUUGAGCAGAGACUUUUGAGUGAGAUUGAGUUUCGAUUGGAGAGAACGCCGGUGGAAGAAUCAGACGACGAAGUUCAACACGAUGAAAUUCCCUCUGGAAAAUGUAUCGCACCCAUCUUUGACAAGAAACUCAAACACUUCCGGGCUGUGGAGGGAGCUCCCGUCACAUUCACCUGUAAAGUUGUUGGAAUUCCAGUACCAAAGGUCUACUGGUUCAAGGAUGGAACACAGAUUUUGAAGAAGAACGAACACUAUCAGAAGAUCAGAGAAGGUGACGGGACGUGUUCUUUACACAUAGAAGCCGCCGGCAGUGAUGAUGAUGGAAAUUACACCGUCAUGGCAGCGAAUCCACAGGGCAGGAUAAGCUGUUCCGGACACUUGAUUGCUCAUACGGGACCCGUGCGAAACCGGCCCGUGGUUCACUCUCAGAGAGUUCGGGCGCGUGUCCAGGAGGUGGAAGGAGAGCCGGCGCAGGAGCGAUUCUUCCGUCCUCACUUUCUACAGGCACCUGGAGACAUGUUCGCUCAUGAAGGCCGUAUCUGUCGAUUAGACUGCAAGGUGAGCGGAUUACCUCAUCCGGAGAUCAUGUGGCUCCUCAACGGAAAGCCCAUUUAUCCUGACGUCAGCCAUCGGAUGCUGGUGAGAGAGAACGGCGUUCAUUCUCUGGUUAUUGAUCCUCUGACACAAGCCGAUGACGGGACGUACACCUGCAUCGCCGCCAAUAAAGCAGGCCAGAGUUCUUUCUGUCUGGAGCUCAGAGUCGUGGAGAAAGAGAUGAAACAAGCGCCGCAGUUUGUGGAGAAGCUGCAGAACACGGGCGUGGCAGAGGGAGCGCCGCUGCGUUUGGAGUGCCGUGUGAUGGGAAUGCCACAGCCGGUCAUUUACUGGAAAAAAGAUAACGACACCAUCUCUCACUCGAAAGAGAGACUGAGCAUGCACCAGGACACCACAGGAUAUGUUUGUCUUCUGAUUCAACCGACCAGAAAAGAGGACGCUGGCUGGUACACCGUGUCUGCGAAAAACGAAGCCGGUAUCACGUCAUGCACAGCGAGAUUAGACAUCUACGCUCAGUGGUAUCAGCACGUCCAUCCGCCCAUGAGGAAAACACCGCUGACCGGAAGCCGUUACGCAGCUCUGAGCCAUCAGGGUCUGGAUAUAAAAUCUGCUUUUUCUACCUGUGACGUCGGUCCUGUCAUGUUCUCUGCUUCUCGGUCAGAAAGUGAGCAACUGUAGACGCCUGCAGAGGGUUUAAAAGCCAUCUAUAUCAUUCACACACCAAUGCCCAACAUACUGACAGAUGACUAAUCGUGGAUUGAAAGGAAUAAUAUAGAUGUAUUUUAGUAGAGAGGAGCAGCUGAAUGUAAAUGCGUCCUCCGGCAUUUCUUGGAGUAAUAACAGUAUUUACACGUGCACAUGUAACCAGCUCUAAUGAAAAUAAUGUUCUCUGUAGAACUCUUCAUCUGUUUUAUCUGACAUGUCUAUUACACAAGUAACUCUUAAACGAAAUAAGACUCAACUUAUUUGCAAUGUUUUCCACAUGAAGUACACAUACUGCUCCCCUAUAGGUUAUAAUAAAGCAUGUGUCAUUUGUAUAGAGAGACUAUAUAGAUUAAUAUAUAUUUUUAAAUGACCAUACUAGUUGUUGUGUCAGCUGACUUGUUUACUUCUCUCUCAUUGCAGACUGUGGUUAUGAAUCUGUGAAUGGAAUAAAUACAAUUUAAUAACCAACAUGUAUUGUGGAUUUACCAAAUUCUGUGUGUAAAUGUGUGAUCUGAUUCUGACCAACAUCAGCUGUAAUAAUCACAUUUGAUUCUGUUUAAAAUAAGAGGAAAACUCUUUCAUGCUGCAUUUGAUAAGGAAGGAAAAGGUUAAUUUAAUAUUGUUACUGAAGAGGAAAUAUGCUGCUUUGGGUAAUGAGUGAUAAAGUAGGUUUUAUAAUAUAUUAUAAAAGUGUUGUAAAUGUUUACAAAGACUUUUAUUAAAUGUAUUGUUUUACAUUACAACCCGUAGAAUAUUUCAACGCAAAUACAAAAUGUAUGAUAGGUUUAAAUAA